AUGAAAGUACCCGAUGGUUACUCGUCUAACAUCAAAAACUUGGUGAAUGAGACUGAAUUGAAACUAAUGGGUCUGAAAUCACAUGAUUGUCAUGUGUUAAUGCAACAUCUGCUUCCAAUUGCCAUUAGAUCUGUCUUGCCAAAAAAUGUUCGAGAGUGUUUGACACAUGUUUGCAUUUUCUUUAAUAAGUUGUGCGGGAAGGAAUUAGAAUUGGAUAAGUUAGAUGCAUCACAUGAACAUGUAGUCAAAACAUUGUGCAACCUGGAAAAGUUUUUUCUGUCAUCUUUUUCCGACAUCAUGAUCCAUUUAAUGGUUCAUCUAGUGAGAGAAGCAAGGUUGUGUGGGCCGGUGUGGGCGAGAUGGAUGCAUCCAUUUGAAAGAAAUAUGAAGGUACUUAAAAGUUAUGUGCGUAACCACUAUCGGCCAGAAGCAUGUAUGGCUGAGUGCUACAUAUCUGAAGAGGAUGUGGAAUUUUGUUCAGAGUACAUGGCUGGAGUUGACGCAAUAGGAAUUAGAAAACCAAGAACUGACCCAGAUGAGGUUGAUAGAGGAUUAAGGGGGAAAAGGACAAUGGUGACAGUGUCCAAGCUUGAAGUAGAUCAAGCUCAGUUAGUCGUGAUGAACAAUAAUGUAGAGGUUCAACCAUAUAUAACGAAUACCAUUAUAGCAAAGUUGAACGAACCGAAUCGUGGAGUAUCUGAUGUGUUGAGUCGUAUUGCCCUUGGACCAACUUUUGCUGUAGCAAAGCAUGAAGCGUACAUUGUAAGGGGUAAACGUUUUCAUACAAAGUCAAGAGAUGAUACUCGAGAGGUUCAAAAUAGUGGCAUACGUAUCGUCGCAGAAACUAUGCACUUUGCAAGUGCAAAAGAUAGAAACCCUGUUUUAGGUACUAUGAUGUAUUACGGGGUCAUUGAAGAAAUAUGGGAGCUCAAUUAUUUUGCGUUUCGAAUUCCACUUUUUAAAUGUUCUUGGGUCGACAACAAUGUUGGAGUAAAAAUUGACGACCUUAGUUUUACUUUGGUUCAUUUAAGUAAGAGAGGAAGCAAGAAUGAUCCAUUUAUCAUGGCUAGACAAGCAGCUCAAGUUUUUUACAUUUCUGAUCCGGCUAAUGAUAAAUGGUCUAUUGUUUUAUCGACACCAGAGAGGAGGUUCUUAGAGACUAAAGAGGAUGAGGAGAAUGCUGACUUAUGUUAUGAUGACUUCGUUGCUGGACAACCAAUUCAUGAGCAAGUUAUGGGAAUUGAUUGUAACCUUGAGGAAGACGACGCUAAAUACAUUAGAAACGAUAUCAAUGAGGGAAUAUGGGUCAAUUGUGAUUCAGAUAUGGCCAACUCAGGAUCAGGAUCUGAUUCAGGCGUAGAGGCAGAGUGUCCAACAGUUCCUGACCAGGACAUCUAA